AUGAACCGAUUAUCUCAAAUCCUCUCUUUGCUCUGCUCGUUCUACCUCUUACCUCUCGUACUGGGAAGUGCAGCCUCGCAAUUCCAUCUGGAUGUGAACACACACGCUUCAGAAUGUUUCGUAGAAUGUCACUCGAGAUUGGAAUACACGAUUGAGAUACCAGGGACGGGAUCGAAUGGAUUCUCAUGGAUCACGAAGAAUUGUCAACAGGAGGCAUGGAGAAACCUCAUGGGCAACUGUCUCCCCGUCGUCUGCAAAUCCGCACCCGACGUAGCUUAUGCGGUGGAAUACGGUGAGAACUGGUGCCAUCGUGCAGGUGUAGAAGUCGAGAUAUCUUUACCGGAGAGUUAUCUGAAUACUGCCAAUGGAACUUAUUUCACAUCCGCCGAAUACCUCGCUUCUUCCUCUGAUCCCAACACAAACAUUAGGACAGGACCUAUGGUAAUUGGUUUGAUAAGUACUUUUGGAUUGAUAUCCCUCUUCCUGUAA